ACGGAAGCGGAAGUGGCGGCGGCGCCGGCCUGGCCUGGCCUGGCUGAGGGGAGGCGGCGGGCGGGCGUGAUGGCGGAGGCCGGGCCACAGGCGCCGCCGCCCCCGGGCACUCCAAGCCGGCACGAAAAGAGCCUGGGACUACUCACCACCAAGUUCGUGUCGCUUCUGCAGGAGGCCAAGGACGGCGUGCUUGACCUCAAGCUGGCAGCUGACACCCUAGCUGUACGCCAGAAGCGGCGGAUUUACGACAUUACCAAUGUUUUGGAAGGUAUCGGGCUAAUCGAGAAAAAGUCCAAGAACAGCAUCCAGUGGAAGGGUGUGGGGCCUGGCUGCAAUACCCGGGAGAUUGCCGACAAGCUGAUUGAGCUCAAGGCAGAGAUCGAGGAGCUGCAGCAGCGGGAGCAAGAACUAGACCAGCACAAGGUGUGGGUGCAGCAGAGCAUCCGGAACGUCACAGAGGACGUGCAAAACAGCUGUUUGGCCUACGUCACUCAUGAGGACAUCUGCAGAUGCUUUGCUGGAGAUACCCUCUUGGCCAUCCGGGCCCCAUCAGGCACCAGCCUGGAGGUGCCCAUCCCAGAGGGUCUCAAUGGGCAGAAGAAGUACCAGAUUCACCUGAAGAGUGUGAGUGGUCCCAUUGAGGUUCUGCUGGUGAACAAGGAGGCAUGGAGCUCACCCCCUGUGGCUGUGCCUGUGCCACCACCUGAAGAUCUGCUCCAGAGCCCACCCGCUGUUUCUACACCUCCACCUCUGCCCAAGCCUGCCCUAGCCCAGUCCCAGGAAGCCCCACGUCCAAAUAGUCCUCAGCUCACUCCCACUGCUGUCCCUGGCAGUGCAGAAGUCCAGGGAAUGGCUGGCCCAGCAGCUGAGAUCACAGUGAGUGGCAGCCCUGGAACUGAUAGCAAGGACAGUGGUGAGCUCAGUUCACUCCCACUGGGCCCAACAGCACUGGACACCCGGCCACUGCAGUCUUCUGCCCUGCUGGACAGCAGCAGCAGCAGCAGCAGCAGCAGCAGUAACAGCAGUAACAGCAGCAGUUCAUCCGGACCCAACCCUUCUACCUCCUUUGAGCCCAUCAAGGCAGACCCCACAGGUGUUUUGGAACUCCCCAAAGAGCUGUCAGAAAUCUUUGAUCCCACACGAGGUAGGCUGCUGCAUUCCUCCCUGGGGCUAGGGGUAAGGGACACAGCUCAUUGGGUCCUAUGGCUGUUUUCUUGCCCUUCUGAGGACCUUGUGGUGGCGCUUAUGGUAACUGGGGCAAAGGGUGAAGUUCCUGAUGGGCAGGUGGGGUUCCCUUUCCUGGGCUUUGGUGGGUGGAGAGGUGGGAGCUGGAAUGUUAGUAACUGAGCUCCCUCCAUUCCCAGAGUGCAUGAGCUCGGAGCUGCUGGAGGAGUUGAUGUCCUCAGAAGGUGGGUGGCCCUGGAAGGUGGGAGUGGGUGUGGGCAGGGGUUGGGCUGCUGCUAGGGGAGCCCUGGCCCAGGGCCUGAGACUAGUGCUCUCUGCAGUGUUUGCCCCGCUGCUCCGUCUUUCUCCACCCCCCGGCGACCAUGAUUAUAUCUACAACCUGGACGAGAGUGAAGGUGUCUGUGACCUCUUUGAUGUGCCUGUUCUUAACCUCUGACUGACAGGGACAUGCCCUGUGUGGCUGGGACCCAGACUGUCUGACCUGGGGGUUGCUUGGGGACCUCCCCCACCCGACCCUACACAGCUUGAGAGCCACAGACACCUGGCUUCUCCGGCCUUCCCUCACUGCACAGUUCUGGCCACAGCUCCCGCUCCUGUGCUGGCACUUCUGUGUUCGCAGAGCAGGGGAACGGGACUCAGCCCCCAUCACCGUCGAGCCAAAGUGUUUGCUUCUCCCUUUCUGCGGCCUUCGCCAGCCCAGGCUCGGCUGCCACCCAGUGGCACAGAACCGAGGAGCUGCCAUUGCCCCCCAUAGGGCAGCUUGUCCAGCCUCAGUGUCUUGCUCCUGCCAGCUCCUUCCCCUAGGAGGGAAGGGUGGGGUGGAACUGGGCACGUGCCAGCACCACCCCUAGCUUCCUUUGCUGUCCCCCACCCCCUGACCCUCCAGCUCCUCCUGGCCCUCUCACGUGCCCACUUCUGCUGGGCCUUUAGCCCUAGAACCUGCAGGUGGUGGGGGCGGCUACCAAGAAGGAACAGAGGUUUCUGGGGAGGAGUCUGGGUGGUCCAGCCCUGAGGAUUGGCCCCACCUCCUGCUGCCCCAUAACCCUCUCUUCAUUUCCGCUUUUUCAUUUACCCUCAUUUAGAGCCAUUUGCAGAGAUUUAGAAAGAUUUACAGUAACGAAUGGAUUCCUAUAUAAAGAUUAUUUUUAUACUUUUUGCAGCAAAAGGAAAUUGUAAUAUUUGUACAGUGUUCAAGUGAAUAAAAACCAUGCCUAAGGCUA